CACUAUCCUCGUCCAUCCAACCAGAGAGGAGCCUGAGUGUUUUUUUGGACAUAACACAUGGCUCGGGAUUUCGAGUUGUCGGUCGAUGAUCUUUCGGAUGAGUCGAGCUUUUAUGGUGGGUAUAUAUUCCAUAUUUCCUUGGUUACCACGUAAACCUGUUCGGUGUUGAUGGAUUACUUUUACCCGACGUGUGGUCCGAAAGGGAAGGACUGUCCUGAAACUGACAACGGGGAUAGGCGAUGACGACGACGACGAGGUCAAGGACCUAGAACACCUCGUUACAAGCUACGACACCGGCUAUUACUGGACCAGGAUCCAUCCGUACUCUCUGAACACCAUCCGUCAGAAAGCGUUGCGCGCGAGGCACACGGAAAAAGCAGAAGAAAGAGAAGCCAGCGAGAAUGCUGCCGCGAUGAACCCCGGUACUAUUAUUAAGAAGGAAGACGGGGAUGAUGGCGCUGCGCCGCCUAGGUGUUACAGCUUUCCACCACCGGAUUCUCCAACUCGCACGACCGAAACAAAGAAUGAAGAGGCGGACGGCGACACGGUCAUGACGGAUGUCUCAUCCCCGGAGUGCAGCCGCGUGAGACGCACAGCGACGCGCGUAGUAGCUACGGGGCUGACGCCAUCCAGUACGCCCGCUGAUGCGGUCGGGCCGUGGAUCUAUGUCGCAGCACCUCAGCCUAGAAGGGGCCCGCAGCAGGCGGAGCUCGCGAGACUCGUAGCGGAGGGGACAAGGGCGUUGCAUCGGUUCGAGAAUGACAGGGUGACGUUGCAGGUGCAGCGGGACAGGGCCCCGACGGGUGCGAAGCAGGCGGCAACGCGGGCGUUGCUCCGUCGGCGGCAGGAGCUGGAGAGCGAGCUGUUCGUGCUGGCGAGGCAGACGGGCGUCGUGUCCGGGAAGUGGAUGCUGUUUAUCACGGCGGAUCAGGUGGACGAGUAUUGGACUCUGGUGACCGAGGCGACCGUGCGCGGAGAGCUGGGAUUCGGGGCCAAGGUCGCAACGGAUGAUGGGCAGGGGAGGGCGCGACUGAUCGCAAUCUAUACCCACGAUCAUGAGGACCACGAGGAUGUGGCCCGGGUGCUGAGGAGAAUGGUGGAGUUGAAGCUUGUCAAGGUCAAGGAAAAGCCCAUAUACUAUAAGUGUGAUGCGUUCACCCAUCUGGAGAUCAUGGGGAACAAUCCUUGGGGAUUGAAGGCGAGUCGGUUUUCGAGUCGAGACGUGUUGCGGGGUGAGUCGUGAGCUGCUGUUGGGAUGCUGGAUGUUUGGAUUGUGGAUUCAAGAAUGUGAAAAUAUCGGCCAUUUUCAGCGUAUUCGCCAUGAUUUGAGGCUCAAGACGGACCUAGCAGGCUCAGUAUACCGAUGCCGUAGCUUUGUAUGAGCAACUGAUUGACGAUGGCGAUAGGCAAGUCAGCGUCCAAGUAGCUGACAUCCUCCGCCGCCAUUCCAAGCCUGAAUGGCAACACUCUAUUCCGACCCCAACAAGCCCCAAGAUGUCGAAGCACAGUAGAGUCGAUCUCUUAUGACCCGUUCUCUCCGGCGCAUCACCUCAAGACGACUCGUCCCCUCGGUCCAUGACCUUCUCACAAGC